AUGGAAUAUGCAGAGCAAGUGUACACAAAUUGGAGUAAUACAAAAGAAGACAAAGAGGAAUUGGAGUGGGAAGAUGUGAAAAAUAUAAUAUAUGAAGCGGCGAAAUCAACAAAAAUGAGCACAAAAUCAAGAAAUGGUAGAGGUUGGGGAAAUAAAAGAAGAGAGUGGUACAAUGAUGAGUGUAAAGAAAAAAGAGAGAUUGUGUGGAAAAAAUUAAAAAUGAUGCUUAAGGAAAGUGAAAAAAGUGAUAGAAAAAAAGAAUAUGCAGAAGCAAAAAAAAUAUAUAAAAAAAACAAUUAA